CCCUCCCGCCCAGGCCGGACGCACUGGCAGCGGUGACGUCAAGGGGCGCGCGGUGGCAGCACCUCCCCGCGCGCUAGUUAAAAAGAAGAAGAAAAGAGGGAGCGAAACAUGAGAGGCUGUGUGAGAAGCUGCAGCCGCCGGCAGAGGAGACUUCAGCAUCCCCCGGAGCCCCGCGCCCUCCCGGCUCCUCCUGCCCCGCCGCCGCCGCCCGGUGCCUACUACUGUCUCACCUAAGCCGCUCCCGGGGCGCGGAGCAGGGAGCCUCUGCGGUCGUCUCCUCCUCCUCCCCGUCCUCGUCCUCGUCCUCCUCCUCCCCUUCCUCCUCCUCCUCUCUCUUCCCUGGCGCGGCGGAAAGCCCCUCGCCCGACUGACACUGGCACGACCGCGGACCGUGUCAUCUGCGCAACUUUAUCCGGUCGCUCCGACUCCCGCAGGGCGCUGGACCCAUUGCCUCGCCCUUUUUAUUUUUGGCAAAGUUGCAUCGCCCUCCACAUUUCCGCCCCCGCCACCUCCCGCGGCUCCCGAGUGUCCCGCCGCCCCGAGGGCCCCUAGGGCAGUGGGUCCCCACACUCGCGCGCCCCUGCUGCUCGCGGCAGGCGAGGCCGAAGAUGCUGUCCUUCAAGCUGCUGCUACUGGCCGUGGCCCUGGGCUUCUUUGAAGGAGAUGCUAAGCUAGGGGAGAGGAGCGAGGGGGGCGGCGUGAGGAGGAGAAGGUGCCUCAACGGGAGCCCCCCAAAGCGCCUGAAGAGGAGGGACAGGCGGGUAAUGUCCCAGCUGGAGCUGCUGAGCGCAGGAGAGGUGCCGUGCGGAGCCUUCUACCCGCGGCUGUCCUGCUGCCUGCGAAGUGACAGCCCGGGGCUGGGGCGCCUGGAGAACAAGAUAUUUUCUGUUACCAACAACACAGAAUGUGAGAAGUUGCUGGAGGAAAUCAAAUGUGCUUUUUGCUCUCCGCAUUCUCAGAGCCUUUUCCACUCAGCUGAGAGAGAAGUCCUGGAGAGAGACCCAACGCUUCCCCUCCUCUGCAAAGACUAUUGCAAAGAAUUCUUUUAUACCUGCCGGAGCCACAUUCCAGGUUUUCUUCAAACAACUGCUGAUGAGUUUUGCUCUUACUAUUCAAGAAAAGAUGGUGGGUUGUGCUUUCCAGAUUUUCCAAGAAAACAAAUCAGAGGACCAGCAUCUAACUCCUUGGACCAGAUGGAAGAAUAUGACAAAGUGGAAGAGAUCAGCAGAAAACACAAACACAAUUGCUUCUGUGUCCAAGAGGUGGUGAGCGGGCUACGGCAGCCUGUUGGGGCCAUGCACAGUGGGGACGGCUCACACCGGCUCUUCAUCCUGGAAAAGGAAGGCUAUGUGAAGAUACUCACCCCUGAAGGAGAAAUAUUCAAGGAACCUUAUUUGGACAUUCACAAACUUGUUCAAAGUGGAAUAAAGGGAGGAGAUGAAAGAGGACUGCUAAGCCUUGCAUUCCAUCCCAAUUACAAGAAAAAUGGAAAGCUCUAUGUGUCUUACACCACCAACCAAGAGCGCUGGGCCAUGGGGCCUCAUGACCACAUUCUUAGGGUUGUGGAAUACACAGUAUCCAGGAAAAAUCCCCAUCAAGUUGAUUUGAGAACAGCAAGAGUGUUUCUUGAAGUUGCAGAGCUCCACAGAAAGCAUCUGGGGGGACAACUGUUCUUUGGUCCUGAAGGCUUUUUGUAUAUCAUUCUCGGGGAUGGGAUGAUCACACUGGAUGAUAUGGAAGAAAUGGAUGGGUUAAGUGAUUUCACAGGCUCGGUGCUACGGCUGGACGUGGACACAGACAUGUGCACUGUCCCUUACUCCAUCCCACAAAGCAAUCCACACUUCAACAGCACCAACCAGCCUCCAGAAGUGUUUGCCUAUGGGCUCCACGACCCAGGCAGAUGUGCUGUGGAUCGACAUCCCACUGAUAUAAACAUCAAUUUAACAAUACUUUGUUCAGAUUCCAAUGGAAAAAACAGAUCAGCCAGAAUCCUACAGAUAAUAAAGGGAAAAGAUUAUGAAAGUGAGCCAUCACUUUUGGAAUUCAAGCCAUUCAGUAAUGGUCCAUUGGUUGGUGGGUUUGUUUACCGAGGCUGCCAAUCUGAAAGACUGUAUGGAAGCUACGUAUUUGGAGACCGCAAUGGGAAUUUCUUAACUCUUCAGCAAAGUCCUGUGACCAAACAAUGGCAAGAAAAACCACUGUGCCUUGGCACUAGCGGGUCCUGUAGAGGCUACUUUUCGGGUCACAUCUUGGGAUUUGGAGAAGAUGAAUUAGGUGAAGUUUACAUUUUAUCAAGUAGUAAAAGUAUGACUCAGACUCACAAUGGAAAACUCUACAAAAUCGUGGAUCCCAAGAGACCUUUACUGCCUGAGGAGUGCAAAGCCAUGCUACAACCUGCACAGACCCUGACCUCAGAGUGUGCCCGGCUCUGUCGGAAUGGCUACUGCACCCCAACGGGCACCUGCUGCUGCAGUCCUGGCUGGGAAGGCGACUUCUGCAGAAUCGCAAAAUGUGAGCCAGCAUGUCAUCACGGAGGUGUCUGUGUUAGACCCAACAAGUGCCUCUGUAAAAAAGGCUAUCUUGGUCUUCAGUGUGAACAAGUGGACAGAAACAUCCGAAGAGUGACCAGGGCAGGUAUUCUUGAUCAGAUCAUUGACAUGACAUCUUAUUUGCUGGAUCUAACAAGUUACAUUGUAUAGUGUCCGGGACUGUUUGAAUAUUCCUUCCAAUGGGCAUUUAUUUUUUAUCCUGUCAUUAAAAAAAAAAAAGACUGCUAUCCUGUUACACACUCCUGUGAUUUCAUUUUACUUUAUUAACUUAAAAAUAAUUUUCAGAAAUGUACAGAUCCACUGUGUGUAUGUUGGUACAUCUGUUCACAUAGGCACAUACACACCCACACUCACAACCCCUCUAGGUGUGGUUGCAACACAGAUGGGUUUUAAAAAUAUAUAUGCUUCAUUGUGCAGAGUAAUUGUCACAGAAAUUCCAUUGUAAAUUGAUAACGGAAUUUUUAUGUUUCCAGAAGAGAUUAUUUGACUUCCCAAGAAUUUUCUGUCUGUAACUACUAAAGUCAACAUUAAUGGAGUUUUGAAACAGUACUGUGCAAUCUGAUGGAUCUAAUAAAAAACAAUAUUUUUAUAUUAAAUGACUAUAUGAGAGAAUGUUUCAGAACUCCCUGAUGAAUUUCUAAAUGAGAAGCUUGAUAUAAAGUUGUAAUCUUUGUUUUUAUCAGUGUACCCAAUUAUAGAAUGUUAUGCACUUACCUUUUAAUUUGGCAGGGCAAUCUGGUUACUUCAGCCUAAUCUCAAGAUUGUUUUUAAAUGUUUUAUAAUUAAAUCAUAAUGGCAUAUUUUAAAAGCAAUCUUCCUGAAGGGUCUGCUUUUAUUAUGUAUUUUAUUUAACAAUAGGCACUGGGUUUGUGUUACAUAUUUAUAUUUUUUAUUUUAUUUUUAUAAUAUAGACAUCACCUAGAUGAAACACCUUUAACCUGUCCUGUAAAACACUAAAGUUACAUUGUUCACCAACUUAAUUGGAAAGAAGGGGAGUGAGAAACCAAACGGUCUUUAAUGUGCUGUGGAUCUAAUCUAGCAGUGUUUCCUUUUGCCAACUUGUAAUCAUUAACAGCGGAUGAGAAAGCAAGACAACAGCCAAUUCCCAUAAAACUCCAGCAUUAAACAUUUGUAAAAUGCCUUUGACCAUAGUAAGACUGUCAGAGUAUAUGUGAUUAGAAUGUCGCUGAUUUCACACUGCAUUGAAACCCCGGGAGAGGAGCUCACUUGUUCUUUUUAUCUCAUCUUGGUUGUAUAAGCUGCCACUUGUACAAAUUUUUAAUAUGAUAAUUCUUGCUGAAUAUGACCUUUAAUGUAUAUGCUGCUCCUUCAAAACUCAAUGAAGAUACUAGUUGGAAUUUGAAACUCAAUUUUCAAACUCAAUUUGAAAAUACUAUUACUGUUUCAAUAAAUUUUCUGUAAACGUU